UGCGGCCCUGACAAAGGAGCUGAACGCCUGCCGAGAGCAGCUUCUGGAAAAAGAGGAGGAGAUAUCGGAGCUGAAGGCCGAGAGGAAUAACACCAGGCUGCUUCUGGAGCAUUUGGAGUGUUUAGUGUCGAGGCAUGAGCGGUCACUCCGUAUGACAGUGGUGAAGCGUCAGGCCCAGUCUCCCUCAGGAGUGUCCAGUGAGGUGGAGGUCCUCAAAGCCCUAAAGUCCCUGUUUGAGCACCACAAGGCCCUGGAUGAAAAAGUCAGAGAGAGGCUCCGUGUUUCACUGGAACGAGUCUCUGCCUUGGAGGAGGAGCUAACUGCUGCCAAUCAGGAGAUUGUUGCCUUACGGGAACAGAAUGCUCACAUUCAGAGGAAGGUGGCAUCAGGAGAUGGAGCUGAAGACCUGCUGGAGGGCACUGAUCAGAAAGUCCAUGGCAAGCGUUUGUCGAACGGUUCUCUGGAGUCUGGCGAUGAGGCUGGUCAGGUUGUGGAGCUGCAGGAGCUGCUGGAGAAACAGAACUUUGAGCUGGCUCAGAUGAAGGACAGGAUGUCCUCUCUGUCAUCCAGAGUGUGCGAGGUGGAGCAGGAGCUCGAGACGGCCAGGAAAGACCUGAUCAAGAGCGAAGAGAUGAACAACAAAUACCAGAGAGACAUCAAAGAGGCCAUGUGUCAGAAGGAAGAUAUGGAAGAGCGGAUUGUAACUCUGGAGAAACGUUACCUCAGUGCCCAGCGAGAGUCCACCUCACUCCAUGACAUCAGCGACAAACUGGAGAACGAAUUAGCCAAUAAGGAGGCUUUCCUCAGACAGAUGGAGGAAAAGAACAGGCAGCUGCAGGAAAGGCUGGAGUUAGCUGAGCAGAAGCUGCAGCAGACCAUAAGAAAAGCAGAGACACUGCCAGAGGUGGAGGCUGAACUCGCACAGAGGAUAGCAGCACUUACUAAGGCAGAGGAAAGACACGGCAGCAUUGAAGAGCGAAUGCGGCAGUUAGAAGGGCAGCUGGAGGAGAAGAACCAGGAACUUCUGAGGGCUCGUCAGAGAGAGAAGAUGAAUGAGGAACACAAUAAGCGUCUGUCAGACACAGUGGACCGUCUGCUUACAGAGUCAAACGAGCGACUCCAGCUCCAUCUGAAAGAGAGGAUGGCAGCGCUAGAGGAGAAGAAUGUUUUAAUACAAGACUCAGAGAGCUACAGGAAACAGCUAGAAGACUCCAUUCAUGAAAAGGGUCAAUUGGCGGAGGAAAUUGAGAAGCUAAGGGCGGAGCUUGAUCAGUUCCGGCUAAGGGCGGGGUCACUGACAGAGCCAACGCUGUCACGUUCUCACCUGGAUGCAUCCACAGAGCUGCGUUACUCUCUGGGUUCUCUGGCUGAGACUCAGUCUGACCACUACCGCUCAGCCAAGGUCAUUCGUCGACCACGGAGAGGACGUGUGGGGCUCCGCAGGGAAGAGCAGAAAGCGAAGUCUCUGGGUGAGCAUGAAUGGAGGUCACAGCAGCUCGGUGUUCUGGGAGGCCAUCCGUUCGAGAGCGAUACAGAAAUGUCAGACAUUGAUGACGAUGACCGAGAGACCCUGUUCAGCUCAAUGGACCUGCUGUCCCCAGGUGGUCACUCCGACGCUCAGACGCUUGCCAUGAUGCUGCAGGAACAGCUGGAUGCCAUUAACAAAGAAAUACGGCUGAUUCAGGAGGAGAAGGAGUCGACGGAGCUGCGUGCAGAAGAGAUAGAGAACCGUGUGGCGAGUGUGAGUUUGGAGGGGUUAAACCUGGCUCGAGCUCAUCACCCUGCAGCCUCCAUCACCGCCUCUGCCACAGCUUCAUCGCUGGCCUCAUCAUCACCACCCAGCGGCCAUUCAACCCCCAAACUCACCCCACGCAGCCCCGCACGUGACAUGGAGCGCAUGGGGGUCAUGACGCUGCCCAGUGACCUGAGGAAGCACAGGAGAAAGAUUGCAGCAGUAGAUGAGGAUGGCCGAGAGGAUAAGGCUACAAUAAAGUGUGAAACUUCUCCCCCUCCGACGCCUCGUCAAGUCCGCAUGACACACACACUUCCAGCAUCCUCUCACAAUGACGCACGUCUGGCUGCUACAUUAGAGACUGAAGCCAGUGCACUAAGCAGUGUUGCUAGCAGCCAGGAUUCACUCCACAAACAGCCGAAGAAGAAAGGAAUAAAGUCCUCCAUUGGCCGUCUGUUCGGGAAAAAAGAGAAAGGCAGACUUGGACAGCUGGGCAAAGAGCUGAUGGGACCAGGACAAGUCGGAAAUGUGUCUGACCCUGAGUUGUUGGGUCAGGACAUUGCUGUGGGUAAACUGGGCACUCAAGCAGAGAAGGAUCGCAGACUGAAGAAGAAGCAUGAGUUGCUGGAGGAGGCGAGGAGGAAAGGGUUGCCCUUUGCUCAGUGGGACGGCCCUACAGUAGUAGCUUGGCUGGAGCUGUGGUUGGGGAUGCCAGCAUGGUAUGUAGCAGCUUGUCGUGCAAAUGUGAAAAGCGGAGCGAUCAUGUCAGCACUGUCAGAUACAGAAAUCCAGAGAGAGAUCGGCAUCAGUAACCCUCUACACCGCCUCAAACUGAGACUUGCUAUACAGGAGAUGGUCUCUCUUACCAGCCCGUCAGCCCCGCCCACCUCCAGAACCCCUUCAGGCAACGUGUGGGUGACCCACGAGGAAAUGGAGACGCUUGCAGCCCCCUCUAAAACGAAGUCGGAGUCAGAAGAGGGAAGCUGGUCUCAGACACUGGCGUAUGGGGAUAUGAACCACGAGUGGAUCGGUAACGAGUGGCUGCCCAGUCUCGGCCUACCUCAGUAUCGCAGCUACUUCAUGGAAUGCCUGGUAGACGCACGUAUGCUCGACCACCUGACCAAGAAGGACCUCAGAGUGCACCUUAAAAUGGUGGACAGCUUCCACAGAACAAGUCUACAAUAUGGAAUAAUGUGUCUGAAGAAGCUGAACUACGAUCGCAAGGAGCUGGAGAGACGACGAGAGAGCAGCCAACAUGAGAUGAGAGAUGUGCUGGUGUGGAGUAAUGAGCGUGUGAUUCGCUGGGUCCAGAGCAUCGGUCUCCGUGACUACGCCAACAUCCUGCUGGAAAGCGGAGUCCAUGGAGCACUGAUCGCCCUGGAUGACAACUUCGACUACAGCAGCCUGGCUUUACUACUGCAAAUCCCCAACCAAAACACUCAGGCCCGUCAGAUCCUGGAGAGAGAAUAUAAUAACUUGCUGGCCCUGGGAACAGAGAGACGUCUAGAUGAGGUUGUGUGUGUGUGCACUGAUGAGCAGGAUUUUCGGGGACCCUCGUGGAGAAGGCAGUUUCCUCCCCGGGACAUCCACGGGAUCAGCAUGAUGCCCGGAUCAGCAGAGACGCUGCCAGCAGGAUUCCGCCUUACAGCCACAUCAGCACACUCCCGCAGACUACCACCAGAGGUUGGGCCAUCAGCAGUGCAGCGGCUGGACAGUUCCACUGUGAGGACCUACUCAUGCUGAGAGAGGGAGGACACACAACUAUGUCUUUUCUAGAGGAGUCUUAUGAUUUUGAGGGAAAGGUCCCUGGGCCUGGAAGAGAAUUCUGCUGAGUCACACUGCCAAGAGAACAAACGUCGCUCCAAGGGAGAGG